AUGGUGAAGAAUCGAUUUCCUGACGCGUUUCAAUACUAUAACGCAGUGAGAAAGGUACUUAACAAGCAGAAUAAGGAGGAAAAAUUGGAUAAUGAGCUCACGCCUGAAGAAAAGAAGAAAUACAUUAGCUACCAAGAAUUGAUAGCAGUUCCACAAAAAGUCAAGAAGAUUAUCAUGGAUACAUAUGGCGAAAUGUUCCUAUCAAACAAUGAGCUAAGCAAACUUACCAAAGCGAAACGAAUUGAUAAUCUACGCCUUAUUUUUGACUAUGUCACACUAUAUCUCAAUGUCAAUUAUUCUCUGCGUCUCAUAUGGCCCUCAGUCUAUCUGAAGAAAGUUGAUGGUGGUAACUACCUCCAAGGAACGAAGCUCCACUCGAAUCAUUUAAGAACUCCAGGCGAAUAUGACAGUAAUAAUGGAUUCAGCUCAGCUCUCUCAAAGCUCUUCGUAAAAUACAAUGGAAAGCCAAUGAGCAUGAGCAUGAUCCAUCACAUUGUCGAAUCAUAUCUGAUCCAAUCACCAACAUGUGCGAAGUUUACUAAUAGAGAAAAAUAUGACCUUCACGCUAAGCUACUCCAUAGCCCGUUUGCUGCCAAUACUAGCUACAACAAGAUUGCAAACAGAUCCACGGCAUCAGAGGUCAGCGAGGAAGCUCCUGACUUCUCAUAUGAGCCAGCGCCUCAACCUCCAUCACCUGCUAAGCCGCAAACACGCUCUAAAGCUCGUAGAGAACGCAUAUUUCAUGGAAAUUUCACUCCAACAGGCAGUGAUAAAUCACUUGAAAUUAAAAUCGAGAAGUAA